CCCCUCCCCCCGGCCCCGGCCCUAGUUCCGGGCUGGAGCCGCCGACGCGGAGGGGGACGGCUUCCUCUUAAAAGAGAAACGGCGGCGGCGCGCGCUCGAGGCCCUGGUGCCCAUGGCUGCCUCCCCGGCGGACGCAUGCCGCACGCGGCGAGAGAAGCGGCGACAGCUGGACGCGCGCCGCAGCAAGUGCCGCAUCCGCCUGGGCGGCCACAUGGAGCAAUGGUGCCUCCUCAAGGAGCAGCUGGGCUUCUCCCUGCACUCCCAGCUCGCCAAGUUCCUGCUGGACCGGUACACUUCUUCAGUCUGUGUGCUCUGUGCAGGUCCCAAGCCUUUGCCCCCCAAGGGUUUGCAGUAUCUGGUGCUCCUGUCUCAUGCACACAGCCGAGAGUGCAGCCUGGUGCCUGGGCUGCGGGGGCCUGGGGGCCGAGAAGGGGGGCUUGUGUGGGAGUGCUCAGCAGGCCACACCUUCUCCUGGGGCCCCUCUUCAGGCCCCACACCUCCAGAGGAGCCCAGGCCAGUCCUUCCAAGUACUGCCCCAAGAAGCUGGUGCCCAGAGGCCAGGAGCAGGCAGGAGCCUGCAGAGUCCUCCUACCACUUCAGACCUUAGAAUUCCACCUGUCCUCAUCCCUCCAGCCCAGAGUUCCUUCCCCUUUGACCCUACCUGUGCCAACAGGUCUGGAAUCUGAGCAUGAUGAGAGGACUCAGGAGGCCAGGUUGCCCAGGGGGGUGGGACCCCUACCAGAGACCUUCCUGCCCCCAGGAGAAGAAGAGGAGAAGGAGGAAGAUGAAGAUGAAGAGGAGAUGCUCAGUGAUGCCAGCCCAUGGACCUACAGCUCCUCCCCAGAUGACAGUGAGCCAGAUGCCCCACACCCACCCCCUUCCCCUGUCACCCACGAACUUAAGGAGGGGGAGACAUCCAUGGCCCCCGAAGCUCCCCCAGUUCCUUUUGCUCUGCCACCCUCAUCAGCAUCCUCAUUGGGUUCUGGAGCUCCUCUGCCUGCAGAAGUCGGGGUACAGCUGGAGCUCACCGGGACCCUUCAAGUGGCCCAGCAGAGUCAGCCCAUGGCCAGCCCUGGGAGUCAGUCUCCCUCUGCUCUGGCCUCCACCUGGGAUGAGGACACCACACAGAUCGGCCCUAAGAGAAUUAGGAAAGCUGCCAAAAGAGAGCUGCUGCCAUGUGACUUCCCUGGCUGUGGAAGGAUCUUCUCCAACCGGCAGUAUUUGAAUCACCACAAGAAGUACCAGCACAUCCACCAAAAGUCCUUCUCCUGCCCGGAGCCGGCUUGUGGGAAGUCCUUCAACUUUAAGAAACACCUGAAGGAGCAUGUCAAGCUGCAUAGUGAUACCCGGGACUACAUCUGUGAGUUCUGCGCUCGGUCUUUCCGCACCAGCAGCAACCUCAUCAUCCACCGGCGCAUCCACACUGGAGAGAAACCCCUGCAGUGUGAGAUCUGCGGGUUCACCUGCCGCCAGAAGGCCUCCCUGAACUGGCACCGGCGCAAGCAUGCAGAGACAGCAGCUACUCUGCGCUUCCCUUGUGAGUUCUGUGGCAAGUGCUUUGAGAAGCCAGACAGUGUUGCAGCUCACCGCAGCAAAAGCCACCCGACCCUGCACCCAGCCCCACAAGAGUCACCUGGCCUACUGGAGCCCUGUGCCAGCAUCUCUGCCCCUACACCCCUGGGGUCCAGUGAUGGGUCCAGGCCCUCUCCAGUUCCUCAGGCUCCGACCCUGCUCCCUCAGCAGUGAGCAUUCCCCAGGCUUUGGGGAGCGAGACCCCAGGGACUGAAAAGGAGCAAGGAGGAGAAGAGCCAGAUGCCUGGUCCCUGGAACUAGAACGACAGGAAGAGCAGAGUGGGGGCAAGACUGGGCUCUAGGGGACCCAGGCUACUUUAGUCUUCCUAAAGGACAGAAUAAACCCAGUAUUUUACAUGGACGUGUGUGGGCAGAGCGAGUGUUUUGGCACCUGAUUCCUUUGGAAGCAGGCUCUGCUGGCAUGUGCCUGAAGUGCACCAUAGGCGUAGGCCCUGUUCCUCUCUCUGCAGGCCCCUAUCUGCCCCCACCUUGAGGACCCAGCUUUCUUUCCCAAUUUGCUUUGGCAGUUUGCAGCCCUUUCUAUGGAGUAUCACACCUACCCUUGCAUUUAAGCAGGGCAGGCCGUGACCGUAUGGAGAGUGCUGGGUCAUUCCAGAGAAAUGGGCUGGAGCAGGAAAAGAGGUAUGUGAUCCUGGCCACAUUUGUACUCUCCAUUGACCAAGAGAACCAAAUGUAUAGGCCCCUGAAUAGUACUGUCUUCCAGUGCAAAAUAGAGGGGCCCGUACUUGCAAGAUGGCUGAGCUACCUUUGGAAGGGACAAGACCUUGGAACUUUGAAAGGGCCUGGCUCUUGGAUCACUCCUGAAGUCUGCAAAGACAGCAGCCUCACAUUUGACAAAGGGGGGCUCUGGGGAUCCAGAACCCAAAUAAGCAACUCUUUAUUUCACCAGCCAUAAGCAAAAAAUCUCUGGCCAAUUCCAGGAGAUUUUCCACCCUGCACUGUUACCUCUGUGGAGCUCAGUUUCCCCAUGGCUCCAGGCUUGAUUUAGAAAUAACAUUCUGAUGCUAAAAUUGGCAGUGCCUGGCUUUGUGGACCCAUGUGGUCUUGGCCCAGGUUCCAGAGCUAAUGCCACCCACCUCUGGUGGUGCCUCUCAGGAGAACUCUGUCCUGAGAGGCACCUGGAUCUGGACACCAUCAGGUCUGGCCUAUGGGAUAGGCAGGCAGCCAUGCUGAGGUGUCCCGCCCACCUUGAUGUGGGUGGGCCAUCUCUGCCAGGCAGUAGGCUAGGUCCUUCUGGCGUGUAAAUGUCCUUCAUUGAAGUGAGCUCUCCCACCAUCUCUCAGAAGCCCAGGAGGAAAGCAGCAGAGAGACCAACAGUCAAGUAGAACCAAGAGGCAAGACCACAGGGCAGGUAGGGUGUGUGUGACCACAUGUGUGAUCAUUACCUGAAGAGGCACAAUAGCAAAAGCCCCCGGGAAGGAGAGAGGGAGGAGACUCAGACUAGAAAAAGGAGAUGGGACAGGAGAAGACAACACAGAUGAGAAAACAAGAAACCCCUGAGAGCACAACAGCAGUGGAGGACCACACCAGCAUCUGGGCUCUCUUCCAUGCUGGGGUCUGGGAGGUUUUCCCCUCCCUGCAGCUACACCGCAGAGGGCAGAAGGGCUGAGGACAGGAAAAGAGCUGACAAGGGAAGUCGCUGUAGGGGUGUGGCAGGAGGCCAGGUGAAAGGCCACCAACAGAGAUAGGGAAAGGGGACAGGCGGUGCUGCCCUUCCACGACGUCCCACAACGUCCAUCUGUGAGUUGCCCCACCAUCCCUGUGGCAGUGUAUUGAU